AUGUUGUCGAUUUGGACUCAUGGCAUUUGGCUCAAGUUCCACUUUCAUGACCAUUCACCUUUUGCGCAGCGAGUUCACAUGUUCAAAAAGGCGUACAUCGCCCAAGGGCAGAAUCUUCUAUCGAAAAAGGAUCUGAAGGCUUUGAAAGGUCAGCUAUGCGAGCUAUAUCCGAGCCUUACAGAGAAGAUCUUGGAUGAGAUUUUACCUGAGGGGCAAGCGAAGGUAGUGAAGCUGGACAACCGAAGCUUGCUGUACUCAUGCGGGGAUGCGCCUGCCAGCUUUUUUGAUGCAGAAGGCAGAAGCGAGCUGUACCCGACCUUGUACACCCUUUGGCAGUUUCCGCACAUCAUGCAAGAGCUGACGAUCCACCCGCCUGUGUCCAAGUUUGUGCUGAACGGCGCAGACCUGAUGCUUCCGGGGGUCCUGGUGCCGGCCAAUGGGGUCGCUGGCUUUGGGACUGUGACCAAGGGACAGCCUCGGUGUAUCAAGAUCGAUGGCAACCCCUACGCCAUUGCCGUCGGGCGGAUGCUUGUGAACCAGACCCAGAUGGAGAAGCUGAAGGGAAAAGGAAUGGAGGUCCUCCAUGUCUACAAGGACAAUCUGUGGUCCCAGUGCAAGGCGAAACCCAACGCCGGUUUCUCCGAGGAGGAGGAGGUGCUUCCUUGCGGGGACUGCAAGUGGAAGCCCGGCGCGUCGUCUGAGGCUUCGGCAGGUGAGGCACCUGCAGAAAGUGCCCCAGCUGAAAAGCCUGCGGCAGGCCAAGCAGCAGCCGACUGGACGCAAGAUGACCUCCUGGAUUUCACCUUCCUUCAGGCGUUAAAGCAGAGCCUUUCUGACGACAAGGCGCUUCCCAUUGAAGCUUCGGAGCUCUAUGAGAAGCACAUGAAGCCAGCGAGGCCUGAAGGAACCACUCUAGAUGUGAAAAAGUCGUCUCACAAGCAGAUUGGCAAGUAUCUGAAUGCGAUGCGGAAAUCCAAAGCGAUUGACGUGACAGAGAAGAAGGGUGUAGUCAGCGUGUCAAAAGUUGACAGGGGCCAUAAGGUCUUUGCAGCAUUGGAGGCAAAGUUUGCGGACGAGAUGACCGCAGCCGCCGCGGCGCCCGCAGCUGCGGCACCAGCAGCGACAGGGCUCCCGCCGCCCAAAGUGACGGCCAUGUGGAAGCCCACGCAUUACCUGGAAGCGAUCUGGAAGGCGAUGGGGAAGAAGAAAGAUGACCUCUACACUUGGGAUGAGGCCAGAAAUGUGGUCUUCAGCUACAUUGAGCAGGAGAGCCUUCGCAAGCCGGACGGGCACAUCAAAAUGAACGAGGGCUUGCUGAAUGGUUUGUGGAAGACCGCAGGGGGCCAGAAGAAGGACCAAGAGUGGCCGGAGGAGGUGGACGCCGAAGAGGUCGAAGAGAAGCUCGAAGAUCGGCUGCACCAGUACACCACGAUAGACGUGGCCGGUGUGGGGCCAAUCACGAGGAAGGGCCCUCCUCUGAACAUUGCCGUGAGCUUGUCCAGGAAAGGUGCCCACAACGUGACGCGCAUCUGCAACCUCGAAGCCUACGGCCUUGAUCCGGAGGCCCUGGGAGAUGAGCUGAAGAGGAAGUUGAACUGCACGGUCUACAUCGAGGAGAUGCCCGGGAAGAACGUCAAGGAGAAGAUGCUGCAACUCCAGGGUCACGUUGAUCAGGAGUUGGGCGCUUUCUUGGAGCUGAGGUAUGGAAUCACCAAAAAGUUCAUGGAGGUGAAGUGA